UAAAAGGCUUGAAGAGGAGCGCGUGUUCCGUGGCGCCGUCAGCUGAGUUUUGUUUACCUUCCAGCGUUGACUGUCUGAGCCCUCCUGGUGUGUGCACCAUGGGUCAUAUUUUCUCUAAAAAGCCACAGAGCAAGGUCACGGAACAGGACAAAGCCGUACUGCAACUAAAGACAACUCGUGAUAAGAUACGCCAAUACCAGAAGAGAUCUGAUGAAAAACUUGAGAAGGAUCGGCAGGUAGCAAAACAGCUUCUGCGAGAUGGAAAGAAAGAACGAGCUAAACUUUUGCUACGGAAGAAAAGGUUCAUUGAGGAACAGCUGAAAAAGACGGAUGGAACACUUGAGAACAUUGAAAAGAUGAUUGAAGAUAUAGAGUUUGCCCAGAUCCAGAUGAAAGUGGUUGACAGCCUUAAGGUUGGUAAUGAAUCCCUGAAGCAGAUUAAUGCUAUGCUUGAUAUUGAAGAUAUUGAACGCAUUCUUGAUGAAACACAAGAGGGAGCAGAAAAACAACGGGAGAUUAAUGCUCUUCUGAGUGGAGGAGUGUUGACUGAAGAGGAUGAGUCAGCAGUGGAGGAGGAGUUGGAUGCCCUCAUUGCUGCAGCUGUCCAGAAGCAGCUGCCAGAUGCACCCACGGCUGCUGAGAAUCCUGAAGUGGAGCUUCCUGAUGUGCCUGAAACUGUUCCAGAGCCAGAAAAGGAGAAAGAGAAGCAUAAAGAAAAGGUGGCUAUGGUAGCAUCUUAAUGAAGGAUCUAAGGAUGUGGUUUUCUGGGAAGUUUAUCUGUGCUAUAGCUUGAGACAUCACAUUUGUAUUGUGAUAAAUGUUUAAGGCAACUUUUGUAUUAAGAAUGCAAUUGAUGUUCAAGAAUCAAUAAUAUGGUAUCUGUAAGCAACACUUGCAUAUUAUAUGAAUGAUUAUGGUUCACUGGGGCAAUAAUUUUAAUUAAACAAGAAGCUAACUUGCUCAGAUUUUUUAAUAUAAACCAAAGUUAUUUACAUGAAAAUUUAUGUACUUCAUUGUUUUGAAAAGUUUCUUAAUGCAGUAACUUACUAUCAUAGGACUUGUUUAUCAUUAGUAAAUCUAAUAGAUCAGUAGAAAUACAUGUCUUAUUACCAGUGGUAGGCAGCCAUACAAGCAUUUCCACAAACCACUGCUCCUGCUGCUUUGGUCCAGUUUUUUCUGUUAAGGAUUAUGAAUGGUACAAACACUUGAAAAUUUGUGGUACUGGAAUACAGAAAUACUACUUCAGCCACAAAAAAGAUUCACAGUGCUCCACUUCAGUUUGUUUUUCCUGAAAAGAGAAAAUUAGUAACCAGCUGGAACCAGCCAUGGUCCUCACCAUUUUUCAUACUUUAUAUGUAAAUAUCUUUUUCUAGUGCAACAUGACCAUUCCCACCCAGGUAUGGAGAAACUUCUUCCAGUGUCAUAUGAUAUGAAAGCCAAAAGGGCAAGUCUAAUCUCAAAUAUAUUCAAGUGUUUGGUCUUCAUGGAAGGAAACAUAAACCUACUCAGCAUGGAUUUUUUUUUUCAGUAUUAAUAACUGAAUGUGUUGGUGCCUGACCUCUUAAUGCAUGUGCCUAAGUCAUUCAGAGGCCUAAUUUCCUAUAUUUCAAAUUUAUUCACCAUAUUUUUUCCUUUUGCACAUGGUUUUGUGAUUGCACAACUUUUCAUUCCAAGCUUUUAGCAGAGUAGUGGUUGUGAGUUCAAGUUUGUGGAACUGUGAUUGUGGAUUGUGCCCACCACUACUUUUUAUAUGGUAAUUUGUUUUCUGUUUGCCAUUGUUAUUCACUAAAGUAACACCCAGCUGAAUGUUCCUCACUGGCUGGUUUUAGAUGGCAGUGGUAGCAGGAGCUGCAAACUGUGAUUCCCCACCAAGGUGCCAGUUGACCUUGUUUAUGUUUACUUCAUUGGUAGUUGUACUUAGAAGACUUUGCCUCUUUGUGCAGGCAUCUGUCCAUACUGAGUGUGUCAUGGUAAUAAUGUCAUGUGUUUGUAUUUAGCAAAAUUAGCAUGGAGGACAGAAAUGGAUGAAGACUUUUCUAUUUCAGCCAUGUCUUGCAAAUGUUCACAGGAACAGGUAUCAGGUGUAGAUAGACUGGAGUUUACAUUUUAACUGUUAUGCUGACAUUAUAUAUUGAUGUAUAUGGAAGUGGCUACAGUGUGCUGUAGGAGAGCAAGUCAAAUGUAUGACUUUCUUAAGUGUAUAUUAAUAACACUAUAUAAAACAUUAAGAUUUUGGUAGCCUUUAAAAAUGGACAAUUACCUUAAGGGUUUUGAGCUAUUUUUAUACUGUGAGAGUAUUUUUAUUGAUUGUAGCAUGCUAAGAGGUUUAAUGUAAUUAUGUGUGAAUAUGCUCAUAUAUAUCCAUCUAGUCCUUUCAAGUAGUUGUGCUGAUAAUACAGUAAAUAGCCAGCUAUUAUCAACUGUCACAAUACAUUGUUGCAUAUUUAUGGAAAUGUUGCACCUGUCCUCUCUCUCUCUCUCUCUCUCUCUCUCUCUCUCUCUCUCUCUCUCUCUCUUGACAGUUUUUAAAAACUCAUUGAUGAUUACUGCAUAGAAUGACCAGGACAAGCUCCAUGUGACAGCAAAUGUCCAACAUCUGAGUUAUUUGAUUUACUUCCAAGAUACAACAUUUGAUAUGAUAAUUCAAAUUGUGUCAAAAAUAAGAAUAUUGAUCAAUGGGAAAUUAGUAAAACUUUCAUCAUGAUAGCAAAAUUGAUAUGAAGAUUAAUGAAUAAAUGUUUCUUUAUGAA